AGUGGAAAGACCGCGUUCCUCAGAUGUGGCGUUGAUUAUCUCUUAUUUCUAGUGUUCAUUCAAGGUUCGCUUGCAAAAUCCAAUUUUUUAUAAGCCAAAUUACAAAGUAGAAUGGAACGGCAUGACGCACAUAUAGUGGAACUUUAAUUCUACUAAACAGGUAAACAUUGUGACUUGAAAAAUGCCGUUGUGUGCAAAAUAGUAAAUUUGACAUUAUAGAAAAAAUCUUGCAUGAUUUCUGAAUGCUAUGUAAAUUUUAUUCGACUGUUGUUGACAGGCGAAUAUUUUUUUGGGGGGGGGGUAUUUGUUCCCAGGCUGUCUAAUUAUGUUUCUUCUUCACUGUUCUUGACACUUUGUACCAUAUCCCUUUAAUCUAGCAAGUUGAUACUUUACGGACGCUACAGUUUUAGGAAGCAUUACUUUCAAAGUCACUGUCCGGCUUUAUAAAUAUCUGUAUAAUCUUGCUUUCUAGGUGUACCAGUUGUUAUUUCUCAGAAAUUUCAUAAUUUGAUUACAACAGCUUUAUACUAGCAUAUUGUGCAAGUAUUUCGUUACAUUCCAUUUAUCAGGUAUAUCCGUCCUAUCUUUUCGUUACUAUGGGUCAGUUCGUUACAAUUCCAUAUGUCCUAUUUGCAACCACCCUAAUAGUUGGUACAUUUCCUUUGUCUUGAGUCUAACUAGUCGAAAGACUCGGUGGACGGAGAUGAAUGUCAUAAUCACUGACAAUAAACAGUUACAUAGUAUGUUGCAGUAUUGCGUGCUCUAUGCUAGUAAUUCCUUAGCGACUAACUCAUUAAUCUGCAAAAGUUAUUUGUAUCAAUACAUAAUUUAUUUGAUUUCUUGUAUUUUAAGUAACAGUCGAAUUAAAUUUAACUCUCCUCCCUUUUUUCAGGUUCUAUAUCUUAUAAUUAGAAAAGUGAUAUUUGUGUUGAGGAAAAUGGAUAUUUGUCGGGCUGUGAAAAAUUAUCUUAACAGAAUGAUUUCAGUAGCUGAUGGUGGUAUGAAAGUAUUAAUGGUUGAUCAAGAAACAUUGAAAAUAGUUAGUGUAGUUUGUUCAAUGUCUGAAAUUAUGAAAUAUGAUGUCUAUUUAAUUGAACGUAUUGAUGCACCGCGUGAAUCUUUGGAACACUUACGUUGUAUUUGUUUCUUAAGACCAACAAAAGAAAAUAUUAAUUUCUUAUUUAAAGAAUUAAGGAGACCAAAUUACUUAUCUUACCAUUUAUUUUUCAGUCAUUCUAUAACUAAACAGUUACUGAAACAAUUAGCAGAAGCUGAUGAAAAUGAAUUAGUGGUAGAAGUCCAGGAGUACUUUGCUGAUUUCAUCCCAUUAUCACCAUUUUUAUUUGAACUGGACAUACCAAUUAGUCUAAAUGAAAGUAGAAAUUUGAGAGACGGUGUGUUGAAUCGAUCAACCGAUGGUCUAACAUCCGUAUUAUUAGCCUUAAAAAAAUGUCCAAUUAUACGCUACCAGAAUGCUUCAGAGGUUGCACGUCAACUAGCUGAGUCGAUACGGUCAUUUAUAUCACGAGAAACUGUAAUAUUUGACUUUAAGCAAUCAGAACCUGUUCCUGUCCUGCUUAUAUUGGAUAGAAGACAAGACACAGUUACACCGUUACUAUCACAAUGGACAUAUGAAGCUAUGGUUCAUGAGUUGAUUGGUAUUACACAAAAUCGUGUUAGUUUAUCUAGAGCGCCAAAUGUCAAAUCGGAAUUAAAAGAGAUUAUUUUAAGUCGUGAAUUUGAUGAAUUCUAUCGAACUAAUCAAUUUUCCAAUUUUGGUGAUAUUGGUCAAUCAAUUAAACAACUUAUAGAAAACUUUCAAAAAGCUUCUAAAUCUGUGGAUACCAAAAAUUUAGAAUCAAUUGGUGAUUUAAAACGAUUUUUAGAGAAUUUUCCUGCUUUUCGUAAAACAUCCGGUACUGUCGAUACACAUGUUACAUUAAUGUCAGAAUUGUCUAGGAUUGUUAAAGAACAUGCUUUGCUAGAAAUAAGUGAAGUAGAACAAGAACUGCAAGCAAAAACAAGAAUUAGCUGGAUUAAUUCAAUCACUUGUUACACGUGGCGCGACAGAUGGUGAUAUUCGAACUAUUGACAACUUAUUAGAAUAUUCUUGGCCGGUCUCAGUUUCCGAUGGUUUCGACUUAUUUCAUGUCAUGAAGACUGGAAGUGUCAACACAACAACAACACCACUUGUUGAUGGUCAAACAGCCACAAAAGCAAUGGCUUCAUUAAAAAAACGUUUAGUUCAAGAACUAAAAGGUGUCAAUAAUGUUUAUACACAACAUGAACCAUUGUUAGUUGAAAUUUUGAAUAAAUUAAUUAAAGGUCAGUUGCCUGAUGCUUCAUUUCCAAGUUUAGCUACUGGUACUUCUUGGAAAACUAUACCUAGUGGUCAACGUCCAAAAGAAAUUAUUGUAUUUUUCAUUGGUGGUGUUACUUAUCAAGAAGUUUGUAGUUUGCAUAAAAUAAAUUGUUCCACACUGGGUGUCGAUAUUGUUUUAGGUGGUACAUGUGUUCAUAACUCAAGGACGUUUUUGCAAGAAGUUUGUUCAGUGACAAAAAGUGUCGGCAUUGCAAAAUCAUCAAAUUCUGUGGAACCAACCCGUCGUUUAUAUGGAAAUUCAAGAAGUAACAUCCUUUACGGAUUAUUACAAUAAAUAUUAGUAGUACUAAUUAUUAUUGUUGUUCGGAUUAAAUGCACAUCUUCUCUGUUGUCCAAUUGUCUGUGAUAAUCGUUUCAUUUUUUGUUGUCUUGUGUACCUUAAUUUUUUCAAUAUACGUAUUGCGUCAGC